AUGAUGGAUAAUGUUUCAGUAAUUACUAUGUUUACUCUGUCAGGGUUAAGUGGGACAACAAACUACAGAGUCACUCUCUUUGCUCUCACUUUGCUGUGUUACUGUGUGAUCUGGCUGAUAAAUGUGACCAUUACUGUGACAAUCAUUGUGGAUAAAAACCUUCAUGAGCCCAUGUACAUCUUCCUCUGUAAUCUGUGCAUCAAUGGACUCUAUGGGACAGCAGGUUUCUAUCCUAAAUUCCUCAGUGAUCUUUUGUCUCCCACUCAUGUCAUCUCUUAUGCUGGAUGUCUUGUGCAGGGUUUUGUGUUACACUCUUCAGCUGGUGCUGAUUUCUCUAUUCUAGUGCUAAUGGCCUAUGACAGAUAUGUGGCUAUAUGUCGACCUCUGGUAUACCACUCUGUGAUGACUAAAGAAAAAAUUGGCAUGUUUGUGUUUUUUGCUUGGCUUGUACCUAUUUAUUUGGUGUUAAUGGGGACAAUAACAACAUCAAUACCAAGGUUAUGUGGCUCACAUAUACCAAAAAUCUACUGUAUUAAUUAUUUGAUUGGUAAAUUAGCUUGUUCUGCCUCAGUAGCAAGCAUUGUUAUUCCAGCUUUUAAUUACACUUUUUAUUUUUUGCAUGUUGUUUUUAUUGUUUGGUCUUACAUGUGUCUAAUCAGAAAAUGCAUUUUUUCCAGUGAAAACAGAAGCAAGUUUAUGCAGACAUGUCUGCCACAUUUAUUAUGUUUAAUUAUAGUUGUGGUUUCUUUACUUUUUGAUUUGUUGUACAUGAGAUUUGGCUCAGAAAAGUUACCAGAAGGCGUCCAGAAUUUUAUGGCGAUAGAAUUUCUCAUUAUUCCUCCAAUUAUCAAUCCCCUCAUAUAUGGUUUAAAGUUGACACAAAUAAGAAACAGAAUUAUACAAUUUUUGUGUGCUAGACAUAAACUUUAG